UGACCUGUUACCUUCAUUUUCCAGGAAGAUCUCAGCUUUUAACAUGUCCAAACAAUCGGCGUCAAAUGUCAGAUCUAUCCAGGCCAAUCUCAAUAUUCCUAUGGGAGCAUUCCGACCUGGUGCCGGACAGCCACCCAAGAGAAGAGAAUGUACACCUGAAGCAGAACAGAGUAAUCCAGAUGUUAUACCAAGUGAGGAGAAGAAGCAACUCCCUGGAGCUGUGAAACUUCCUUUGCCUGCAGUCAACCUUUCAGAAAUUCAGAAUAUAAAGAGUGAACUUAAAUUCGUACCAAGAGCUGAGGAGCAGUAGUAUCUACUAAAAGGUUAGGCGGAGCUGCUCUGCUAAUAAGAUCAGAUGUGGAAGACUGAAGAAUAUUUUUUAUAUUUGUAUAAAGACUGUAAACUACCGAUAUGCUGUAUAUUUCCAUGCUGCAGCAAAUAACUUAUUUUUACAAUAAUAUUGUUUUUUCCUAGGCCAGAUUUCUUACAAAGUAUUCACGAUUGCCCCAAAAUCUGGAUCAUAUAUGCUGUUUUAGAGAAUAACAAAUAAUGUUGUGUCAAAAAACAUAGCUUAAAUUCAAGUUAAUAAUAAAACUGAAUUGUACAUGUUA